UGGGGCUCCAUUUAAUCCCCCUCUCCCCUUCUUGCCGUCUUUUCCUUGCACCUGUUGAAUGAUGUCCGCACCACCGGACAGUGCGUGGGUCCAAAGUUGGCUGGCGUCUUCCGCUGCCGCGCUUCCCAGCCAUGCCUGUGGUCCCUGCGCGUCGAUUGCCCGAGCCCACGCCCUUGCCACGUGCUGCUCGCAACUUCCCAUCUCCCUGGACAGCGACACUGUGGCUGCCCAAUCGGCCACCGCCGCCGCCGCCGCCGCGGACAAUUCAAAGGCGGAGGCCGAGUCAUGUGGCCGGUGCGGGGCCGCCUGCCACGCCCUUCCGCCGUUCGUCAGCUUGGAGCUUUUUCUCGAGGCGGUGUUGCCCUGCUUGACACCCGACACGAGCCCCAGCGAUACCUUGGCCAUCCUGGCCUUGCUGCAUAUGGUGGGCCACCUGGAGUUCUACACCGAGCAUCACCUCUGGGACCGGAUAGCCCAUUGCUUCUGGUUUGCCGACCCCUCUCGCCACCGGGCGCAGAUUCUUGUCCAUGCGACCAGCCACUUCUACGACUCGCCCAGCUGCUGGGCGGGGGCCCGGGAGUACUUCCCCCUCCCUGAGCGCAGCCCGCUCCUCUUCGAUGCAGCCACUGUGUGCUACUUGUUUGACCUCCUGGAAGCCGACCAGACCUCCGAAGAAACGGCCUUGUCGGUGAUCAUUCUCCUGGCAUGUCCCCCCUUCAGGCCGCCCUUGCUCCUCCAGAUGCUGUCCCAUCCUCACGCCGAGACUGACACUCGAUCGCCCUAUCUCCCCCUGUUCCAGCUUCUCCUCUUCAGUUACUUCGACCGGAACCCUGAUGAGGAGGCCCGCGUGGCUGACACCUCCGGGCCGAACCCCAUCCUCAACCUCCUGGCUGAUCGUGUUCCCCAGCGAUCGUGUGUGUUCUCCGAGCAACUGGCCAUGUACUAUUCCCGGGGCACUGAUGGCGACAUUCACCAGGGCGGCGACCCGCUCUUUAGCCUGAUGGUCGCGCGCUUCGCCGGGGCUCUACACGCCGACCCAGCAUCCGACCCGGCUGCCAGGCGGACUUGUAACUUCUUCUACCCCGCGGAUCUGCGCGUGGUCAUUGACUGUGCCCUGCGCGAGUUGCACAAUCUGCCCGCCGAUGAGCCGACCUUGCGAUCGCUGCGCCGGGCGCACCUGACCUUCCUGGCCAAUGUUCUGGCCCGGGAGGAGGUGUAUCGUGCCACCGGGGACCAUUCCCGGGCUCGGAUCGAGGAGUAUGUCCGAGGGGUGGCAAGCGUGGCCGGACCCGGCGGGCCGGUUGAUCGACGCUUCGCCGCCCUGGCGGGGCGUGUGUCUGAAUUGUUGGGUGGAAUUGACCCCUCUCAUAUCACAUGACGAAUAGAGCAGCCGAUCCCUCGCGUCUCCGUGA